AUGGUGUUGUGGGCGCUGUGGCUGCUUCUGUGGGCUGAAACAUCUGCUCAAAGCGCCGUUUCUCGGUGGUCCGAGCUGGUCGCCUACUGCGUAUCCGCAGAACCUGUGACAGCUCAAGCAGACGACAGCUGCGCACUGCUUCAACGUGGUCGCACUUGGAUAGAUGGUUCUGACAACGACGGGGCUGUGAUGCAGGUGACCGACGGGCCCGGAAGACUAGGCAAUAAUUUGGGCUUCAUUGUUCGUGGUCUGGUGUUUGCAAAGCUUUCCAACUAUACCGCAGUCAGCUUGGUCUUGCAGAAGAAGUACCUCCAAGAGAUCUUUGGGCGGAAGGUCAGGUUGCCUCUUCGGAGCUCACGCCUUCAGGGGGCCCAUUGGUGCCCGAUGACGAUGCUGCCCAGAGCCCAAGUCUACAACUUUGAGGGCGAAAGAUGCAAAGGAACCUCGGCCCAGGACUGCCGCACCCUGGCGGUGGAGACUUUGCAUCAAGCUUUCUCGCCCAAGUUCCGGACAUGUCUGGACUCCGUUGCUGAUGAUGCCGAGGAGGAGUUGACGAUCCACCUCCGGGGCGAGGACCUUUGGGGUCUACAAGAGGAUCAGGUCACCGCGAACGAGCCAUUGUCCUUGCAGGCGAAUGCGCACCAUUGGUUGUGGCACCAGCCGCCAUGCACGCUGUAUCGCAAAAUCAUUGCCAGCUCAGGUUUCAAAAAGGUUCGCAUCGUCACAAGUCCAGACCUGCGACAUACUUGCGUUGGUUGGAUGAAAGCCAAUGCCGCGCAGAUGGGUGUCAAGGUGCUGGUGCAAGCGGGAAGUCUUCUCGAGGACUUCUGCACCCUGGCAAAAGCUUCCAAUCUGGUCCUCUCUUACUCCAGCCUGUCCGACAAUGCGGCACUGUUGAACAAAAGGCUGAGGAAGCUGUACUUCCGCGAGUUUGCAGACAAGCAUUCUCUAUUGGACUGCCA